AUGCCACUGAAACAUUAUCUCCUCUUGCUGGUGGGCUGCCAGGCCUGGGCUGCAGGCUUGGCUUACUAUGGCUGUCCUAGUGAGUGUACCUGCUCACGGGCCUCCCAAGUGGAGUGCACGGGGGCGCGCAUCGUGGCAGUGCCCAGCCCUCUGCCCUGGAACGCCAUGAGCCUGCAGAUCCUCAACACACACAUCACUGAGCUCAACGAGGCCCCAUUUCUCAACAUCUCAGCCCUCAUUGCCUUGAGGAUCGAGAAAAAUGAGCUGUCCCACAUCAUGCCGGGUGCCUUCCGCAACCUUGGCUCCCUGCGCUACCUCAGCCUGGCCAACAACAAGCUACAGAUGCUGCCCGUCGGCCUCUUCCAGGGCCUGGACAACCUGGAGUCCCUCCUCCUGUCCAGUAACCAGCUGGUGCAGAUCCAGCCAGCCCACUUCUCCCAGUUCAGCAACCUUAAGGAGCUGCAGCUGCAUGGGAAUCAUCUGGAAUACGUUCCCGAUGGCGUCUUUGACCACCUGGUGGGGCUUACCAAACUCAACUUGGGCAAGAACAGCCUCACUCACUUGUCCCCCAGGGUCUUCCAGCAUCUCGGCAACCUCCAGGUCCUCCGACUCUUUGAGAACAGGCUCUCAGACAUUCCCAUGGGCACCUUUGAUGGGCUGGGCAACCUCCAGGAGCUGGCCCUUCAGCAGAACCAGAUCAGCACACUCUCCCCUGGCCUCUUCCACAACAAUCGUAACCUCCAGAGACUCUAUUUGUCCAAUAACCACAUCUCACAGCUGCCCCCUGGCAUCUUCAUGCAGCUGCCCCAACUCAACCGGCUCACGCUCUUCGGGAACUCCCUGAAGGAGCUCUCUCCAGGCAUCUUUGGGCCCAUGCACAACCUGCGAGAGCUGUGGCUCUAUGAUAACCAAAUCACUUCUUUGCCUGACAACAUCUUCAGCAGCCUCAACCAGCUGCAGGUGCUGAUUCUUAGUCGCAACCAGAUCAGCUUCAUCUCCCCUGGUGCCUUCAAUGGGCUGACAGAGCUCCGAGAGCUCUCCCUCCACACCAACGCUCUGCAGGACCUGGAUGGGAAUGUCUUCCGUAUGCUAGCCAACUUGCAGAACAUCUCCCUGCAGAACAACCGACUCAGACAGCUCCCAGGGAGCCUCUUUUCCAACGUCAAUGGCCUCAUGACCAUCCAGCUGCAGAAUAACUACCUAGAGAACCUACCCCGGGGCAUUUUUGAUCACUUGGGAAACCUGUGUGAGCUGAGACUUUAUGACAAUCCCUGGAGAUGUGACUCUGACAUCCUUCCCCUUCGCAACUGGCUCCUGAUGAACAAGGCCAGAUUAGGGACGGACACUCUGCCAGUGUGUUCCAGCCCAGCCAAUGUUCGAGGCCAGUCCCUCAUCAUCAUCAAUGUCAAUGGCCCUAUGCCAAGUGGCCAGGUCCCAGCAAUCCCCGAAACGCCCAGCUAUCCGGAAACACCACAAUACCCAGAUACCCCCAGCUACCCUGAGACCCCCAGAUACCCCGACACCACAUCCAUCUCCUCCACCACUGACAUCAUCACCAGCCCUGUGGAAGACUACACCGAUCUGACCACUAUUGGUGCCACUGAUGAUCGCAACACAUGGGGAAUGACCAGGGCCCAGAGCGGGCUUGCCAUCGCCGCCAUUGUCAUUGGUAUUAUUGCCUUGGCUUGUUCUCUGGCUGCCUGCAUCUGUUGCUGUUGCUGCAAGAAAAGGAGCCAGGCCGUCCUGAUGCAGAUGAAGGCUCCCAAUGAGUGUUAG